UCGUCUUCUUCGUCUUCUCAGGUCUCUCUGAUCUGGGUUUUGCUUCAACGUGAAACAGCACUGAGUUUGAAGAUGAAGUUUCUGUUUACUUAAUAUCCUGUGAGAGAAACGUAUUUUUGACUGAAACAGCAUCAGAGGUAUAUGUACAUUUGUUUUCGCAGAGGCAUUUCGUCGAACAGUUAGACGACGACUUGAGAUGGAUAAGCUUCUUGAGAAUCAUCAGUUUGCGACGCAUGCCAUCGCCGCCUCGGCAUCUGUCUCGUUAGGAACUGCUCUCGCUUAUCCUUUAGAUACCAUCAAAACUAUAAUCCAGGUUGGUUCAGGACCCAAUAAGAAAUUAAGCUCCUUUCAAGUUGUGAAUAGAGUUCUCCGAUUCUCUGGCUAUUCAGGUCUGUACAGUGGUCUUGGAUCGUUAACUUUAGGAAGAAUUUCAGGUGUUGGUGGAAGGUUUGGUGUCUAUGAGAUUCUAACAGCUUUCUACAAAGAUGGUCGACAUGAUAACUAUGUGAGUGUCGGUGAGGCUUUUCUGGCUGGGAUGGUGGGAGGUGCAGCAGAAACAGUGAUGACUUCUCCAUUUGAGCUAAUCAAAGUCCGAAAACAAGUGACUGCUGCAUCACGAGCUCCAAAUGCUACCGCUGUUGCAGAAACCGCACCGGUUUCACCCAUGCUCACAAAACUGCUAAGAAGAUACACUCUUGAUGUAAAGUCAUUGACACAAACAGUCAGUCUCUUAUCUGUCUUAAAUCACAAACACCCAAACAUGACAGCCGCUUUGCAAGAGUAUCCAUGGAUGAUGACUGGAACAGGAAACCCACCAUCAGCCAUGGAUGUCAAAAGACCGCUCGAUGUUGCAUCACUUGAAGGAUAUAGAGCUUUAUGGAGGAAUCUACGUUCGGGUCUUGUAAGAGAUUGUAUUUACGGAGGAGUGUUCUUCUCAACAUGGCAGUUUCUUCACGAGGCAAUGGUCGGUUGGAAAGCCGUCGGGAUGAAUCCUCUGCCCAGUUCUGAAGAAGAAAUUGGACCUUUAUCACCAGUAGCCAUUAGCGUUGCCGCUGGGUUUUCUGGUGCCAUUGCAGCUGCAGCAUCACAUAGCUUUGAUACAGCAAGAACACGUGCACAGUGUGUAAUAUUGCCCAAGUAUACAGCAAAAGAGAGGAAGUUUCUAAGAUGGAAUAAACCAGGGAAGAGAUUAGAGAGAUGGACAGGAAUCCAUCCUACAGACAGAAAUCUCCUGUUCCGAGGUAUCUGGAUAAGGAUGGCUCGAAGCUCUGUUGCAUCGACGGUGAUCGUAGGAAGCUAUUACUUAGCCGUCGAUUUAUUGGUUCCCAAGUGAAACAGACGAUCACAUAAACCUACGAAUCUGUCUUGGAUUAGAUCAGAUAAUCAAUACCGCAAUAGUGUUUGUUUUUUGUAGCUUGCGUUUUGUUAUACACAAUUUACGAGAAAACAUUUGUGAGGUCGUCCCAAUUAUACUCUUUUAAGGUUUAUAUCAGUGAAAUAAGUAAUUAACAGAAUCAUUGGUUGUAUCUGUAAGCCUGAUGAUGACAAUUUUCAA